AUGGGUCUUGUUUUGUCAAUACCUUUUGCCGUUUUUGCAUUUGGUGGUUCCGACAGCGAUGGUAGAGAAGAGGGUCAUAGUGCAAGAAAGAACACUAGGAGCAAAGCUAAAUACCGAUCUCGUCAUAAUCGCGGAUCGCCGACAUCAACUUAUGUUGCUGGUCCAACUGAGUCAUUAUUUCUAAACACGGGCAUACACAACCAAACUUUAUUCGGUAAUAAUACGUUGCCAGACACAGAACCCAAAGAUAGUGUGAAUUUAGGAUUUAUUUUGGGGCCAGUUUUUGGUGUGCUUUUUUUGAUUUUAAUUAUUGCUAUUUUUUGGUGCCAUAAACUAGUCAAAAAACAACAACGACAAGCUACUGCUGCUCCUGCUGCUGGUCAGAAUCAGGAUCCUCCACCUUAUCUUCAACGCAAUCCUCAAGAUGUCAAUUCUUUUGAACCUCCCACAAGUAAAUUGCCGCUUCCAGAGAAAGCCCAUUUAAAAGUGGAGGAUGUUGAAACUCUUGUUGAGGGGGAAUAUGAUAAAGAGUUUGAAUAUCAUGAGGUUAGUGACUUGGAGUCAGCAAGAACAAAGUAUUGA